GGGGGAGCAAUAGAGAGAGAGUGAGGAGAGAGGGAAAGAGGGAGGAGAGAUAAGCUCAUACCACUAACACAGAGCCAAACAGAGUAGACAGGCUUAAAACAUACAGAGACCGAGAGCGAGAGCCAGAGGAAGAGAGAGAGAGAGAGAGAAAAGGGAGUAGAAAGAAAGAAUCCAGUCACCUGAAGUGUAAAAAGGAAAGAGUUACAGGGGCAAAGAGGGGAAGGCAGCUAUUCAAACUCUGUGAGUGAAGCAGAGUCAGAGUCCAGGGGUCUGGAGAAGUGGAGAAGUUGGAAUCCACACUCUGGCUUGCGGAGGAAUCUCGAUCAGGGAAGGCAAACCUGCCGACCGCGGGAAGACACAGGCAUGGAUCCACUUUCAUCAUCCGAAGUUGGGGAAGAGACAAAGGAGAGGAAAAAGAUCCAUUUCUCAGUCCCGACCACCGUGCCCACUCAGCUAGACCCACGGCAAGUGGAGAUGAUCCGUCGCCGGAGGCCCACUCCUGCCACGCUCUUCAGAGUUUCAGACAAUCCAUCCCCUGAGGAGGAAACUGCUACUCACCAGUGGGUUGUGGGGGAGAAUGGAAUCCUCAAGCCGAAGCGUGUCAACCCGAGUGCGUACCAGCCUCCAUCGCUGAAAGCCGUGCAGCGGAUGGCUCAGGCUCACAUGCAGCCUCUGGGCGCCUGCCCCACCCUGGAGGACCGCCCCGAGGGGGUGGAGAGCGAGGACUGCCCGUCCUCUGGAGAGGACAGUGAGGAGAGCGAGGAGAGUGAGGAGAGCGAGGAGAGCUCCUCCUCCAGUGCUGAUUCUCAGGCGGAGAUGGGCACUGUGGACAGCCAUACGGAGCGUCUGCCGAGGUCGGAGGCCGCCAGCCUGGGCCGGCCAGCUUUCCAGCGGAAUCAGAGGGACGCGGAGAGGGACGAAGAUGACGAAGACGAGGAGGAGGAUGACGAUGACGACGAUGACGACGAAGGAGAGGGGCGGAGCAGAUGGGAGUGACUGACAGGGGGAGGGCGAUAGGAGCAGGAGAGGGGAACAUGUGUCUUAUAUAGAAGAGGAGAAAAGUAAUUAAGACAGCAUGGUAAGCUCACAGAGGGAACAGAACAUUUGUGUGUGAGCUGUGCGUGUGUGCGUGAGAGAGAGAGAGAGAGAGAGAGAGAAAGAGAGAGAGAGACAGAGAGAGAGAGAGAAUGAAUAUCAGUGUGUGUUAAGCAUAGCUAUAUGAGCAGGUGUGGAAGGUUCCAGUCAGUAAUAGAAAACUGCAGAUAGAACUGUUCCCCUUCUGUCAGUUUGUAGCUUAUGAGUUUGAAGAAUGUGCUCCUGAGGUCAGGUGGAGGGGUCAGACUUACUUUUCUCUGAAACACUAUUAUUUUCUCUCAUUCUACAGUAUAAUUGAAUGCCUCUGCAUUGAUUCAGACAAGUGACCCUUUGUAACAGGUAGUCCAUUAGCAGAUGGGAUACUAGCAAUUAACAUUUUUAACACACUACAUAUUAUAUAUAAAAGUAAUAAUUAUAUUCACACAAACAAGCCCACACAUGCAGAAACAUUUCUCUACACGCAGACACACACCCAAGCCUACACACACACACACACACACACACACACACACACACACACACGCUAUGUACAGACAUUAGUUGUUUUGCCUCUGUGUUUCAGAUGUGAACUUUAAUUACAUCACACCCAAAACCCUAAGGCCAUAUUAAAGAUUCAUUUCCAAAUGACCCCCUUCUUCAUCUCAUUUUACUAAAGGUUCAGUUAUUUCAAAUAUAGGUUGUGUAUGAUAAAUAAAAUGAACUAUAUUUGUUAUUUGUUAUAUAAAACUAUAUUUACUAUGUAUUGUUAUUUCAAAAUUCACUUAUGGAAUUUUGAUAUGGAAUUUAAGGCUGACAGUUGCUCCACUAAACCAUUCUUAUCUAUUACUUCCAGUGAUUAGUGGACAGUCCAUUGACUGGUCUAUAACUAUGUGUCAGCUGCAAUGACUGAAUGACCUGGUUUCUGUAAAUGCCCCAGAUUACUUGUUAUAUGCUCUAGAUUGUGUCAUUGAGUGGUUGCUACCCAGAACUGCGCAGGAUACCUCAAGUGGAUUAGAUAAGAGCCAGAAUGAGAGACUUUUCACAUCGCAAUGCUGACCCAGACUUUGAUGUACUCACACUACAUAUGUGCCCUGCAUAGUGUGUGUCUGCAUGUGUGUGUAUGUGUAUGCAUGCCUGUGUAUCUUUGUGUGUGUGUAUGCGUGCCUGUGUAUGUGUGUGUAUAUAUGUGUGUGUGUGUCUGUGCGUGUGUGUGCGUGUUUGUGUGCAUGUGUGUGUGUGCAUUUGUCUGUGUGUGUAUGUGUGUGUGAGCACGCGUGCAUGUGUAUGUAUGUGUGUUUGUGUAUGUGUGCGUUUGUGUGCCUGUGUAUGUGUACGUGUGUGUGUGUGCAUGUGUGUGUGUGCGUGUGUGUGCGCGCGUGCGUGUGUUGGUGUAUGUGUGUGUUUGUGUGUGUGUGUGUGUGUGUGGUUCCUGACAGCCAGAUCACAGGGACAGGUUGGUGGAGGCAUCUGGAACAGCCAUGGGAGGGGGGGGGGGGCUGUUCCUUCUCCUCCCCCCGGUGUCUCUAAUGAGUUCCUUGCACUCAUUACUCUUGCUUUAAUUAGAUAGGCUCCUCUCGUCUCUGACCGAGAAGGAGUUGGUCCUAGUUUACCUUUACCAAAUGCUGGUCACAGCAAAGGGACGAAACAAUUGGAGGCGUCGUAAGCCAUCAUAGCUUUAGCUUCCUUCAUUCCUCUCUGAACUGUUCAACAAAAUAAAGAGCCAAACCAGAGCUUUGUACAUCCUGAGAAUAACUACAAGCAUGCUUUUUGCCUCUCCAAUCUUCCAAUCAUCUCUUUUACAAGAUCCUGAUAAGAUAAAAAACACAACUAAGUCAGUAAUCCAUUAGAGUCAAAUACUUGGGGUGAGAGAGAGAGAGAGAGAGAGAGAGAGAGAGAGAGAGAGAGAGAGAGAGAGAGAGAGAGAGAGAGAGAGAGCCCUGUUGAUGGAAAACGGUACAUGCUAUGCAGAGGUAGGUGAUGAGCCCUGGAAAUGGAGGGGUGAGAAUAUUUCCCUAUGGCUUUUAAUUAAUAAUAAAUUAAUAUUAAAACAAGUCCUAAGGUUCUUACUGUUAUUGGUUAUAUAUCUAGCUUUGCUUCAGAGAAACGUGUUCAGGUCAGAGAUUGUACAUUUUAAGACGGUCCAUUUUGUACCAUUAUCAGGAUACCACACCAGACCUAAGGUCAGUAACUGAAUGUUAUAAUAUAGCAAUUUUUCGUGUCAAAAUUGCAGUUUGCUGUAAUCAUGCUCAAUAUGCUGUAGUGAUUACUGUCAUUGAUUACAGUUGUAUUGACAUGUAAUAAACCUGAACCUUGAAACUCCUA